AUUCCUAAAUUUAUGCUAUGAUUGAUUCUCAACAAUCAUAUAUUGUAUUCCAAUAUAGUUGAUUUCCUUCCCUAUAUAUACACACCAACUAUAUAUGACUGCUUUCCAAACUUCAAAUAUUCAAAGAAGCCAAUAUAUAUUCACAAUACACAAAGAAUAGCAUUGUCAGAAAACUCCAAUGCCAAGCCAAGCUGCUAACUUGAGGAAAAGCCUCUUUGAUCAGGGAUACAUUGACGAUCAAUUCAUUCGGCUUGAAGAAUUGCAAGAUGAUUCUAACCCUAAUUUUCUGGAGGAAGUUGUUAGAUUGUUCUACAACCAUUCAACUAUGAAGAUUCACAACAUAGAAUUGGCACUGGAAAGUGGAGCUUUAGAUUUUACUAAGCUUGAUGAUAUGAUGAUUCAGUUCAAGGGAAGCUGCUCAAGUAUUGGUGCCAGAAAGGUGAACAAGGAAUGUUUAGAAUUCAAGCAGUACUGCGAUGCUGGAAACAUUGAAGGCUGCAGGAGCGCAUUCCAACGAUUGAAGCAAGAAUUAUACAUUCUUAAGACAAAACUUGAGAUUUACUUUCAGAUGGCAAAACAAGGUUCUUGA